UUGGAUGUAGACGAUGAUAAUAUAAAAUUGUAUUCGUCAACUCAAAUUUAACUGGGUCAACUGUCAUGGCGGAACGGAGUUUAUUUAUUGUCAUUUUAUUCGUUUUACUGUCAAUUUCGCUUCAAAAUGGUCAAGGUGAAGAUAUUCAAGAGUCCAAGUCAAGUCUAGAUGAAGACCUUAUAAUGAGAAUGAAUAAAACAGACCAACCAAAGUUGAACUGUACCUGUUACCCCAGAGAUAAAUGUCCAGGGGGUCGAGAUUAUUGUGAAACUUAUUAUGGGUGUUAUAAGGCAUUGGUAGUAGAGCUUGGGGAAGAAGAGAGGACAGAAUGGGGUUGUACAUAUCGAGAGUUCGGGAACCGCGUCUUGUGUACGUUUAAGGAAAACCAUGUUGUAGCUGUCAGUUGUUGUUCUAACGGAACACGCUGUAAUGAUGACCUGACUCCAGCCAGACUUCCUAAUCCAGUUAUACAUCCAGAAACCCAUGAUGUGUCAGCUACGAGGGAUAUGGCUAUAUUUAUAGCUCUUCCGUUUAUCGGAUUUAUUAUUGCCCUUGCUCUGGUUAUGCUGCUGUGUAAGUUACGACACAAAAGAAAAAUGAGCGAGCUGUCACAGAAAGAAAACUUGCUGCUGGGACAUGAUGAAUUAAGGGCACAACAAAUAGGGGACACAACUCUGAGGGAGAUGUUAGACGAAUCCUGCACCAGUGGUAGUGGGUCAGGGUUACCAUUCUUGGUACAACGUACAGUAGCCAGACAAGUUCAACUUAUAGAAUGUAUAGGCAAGGGAAGGUAUGGUGAGGUAUGGAAAGGCAAGUACCAUGGAGAAAUGGUCGCUGUGAAAAUAUUCCUGUCUCGUGACGAGUCCAGCUGGAGGAGAGAGACUGAAAUAUACAAUACAUGUCUGCUUAGACAUGAUAAUAUACUGGGGUAUUAUGCAAGUGAUAUGACGUCAAGAAACUCGUGCACACAGCUCUGGUUAAUCAUGCAGUAUCAUCAGAAUGGGUCGCUGUAUGAUUAUUUGCAGUACAAUACAUUAGACCAUGAGUCUAUGUUACGGUUGAUGCACAGUGCAUGUGCUGGUCUCGUACAUUUACAUACAGAAAUCAUGGGAAACAGAGGAAAACCUGCCAUAGCUCAUCGAGACAUUAAAUCAAAGAAUAUUUUGGUUAGGCGGGAUGGAACAGCGUGUAUAGCUGAUCUUGGUCUUGCCGUGUUGCAUAAAUGUGAAGAGAAUUACCUGGAUUUAGGCUCAAAUAAUAAAGUUGGUACAAAGCGGUAUAUGGCCCCAGAACUGCUAGAUGAGACAUUGAAUCCGGAGAUUUUCGACAGCUUCAAAUGUGUCGAUAUCUACGCUUUCUCCCUUGUCUUAUGGGAAAUAGCAAGACGUUGUUUUGCCCAAGGUAUAGUAGAAGAAUACAAACCACCAUUUUGGGAUGUGGUACCGUCGGACCCUUCAUUUGAAGACAUGCGGAAAGUGGUUGUGGUUGACCAGUAUCGUCCAGUCAUACCUAACAGAUGGUCAUCAGAUACAAUUUUAUCUCAACUGUCUCGAACAAUGAAAGAGUGUUGGAACCAAAAACCGAAGGCCAGAUUAACUGUGUUACGAUUGAAAAAGACAUUACGUAAACUCUGGGAGGAUGCCCAGGAUGAUAAACUUAUGGAUAAAAAUAGUCUCAAAGACAAAAUUAUCUCUGAUAAAAUUAUAGAAAAGAUGGCUGAUGUAUGAUCAGUGUUCUUGUGUCUAUUCGCAAAAACUUCAUUUAGAUCUGAUUUACUGAAAAGAUCUGAUAGUGAUGCAAACAGUGAACCAGAAAAACAGGCUUUAGGCAAAUUGCCAAAAUGGCAUAAGCAUCAGCUUCAUUGGGUCGGUUGUUUCAUGACUAUCAAAUUGUUAGCCUUUGUUGGCCCAAUAUAUGACUGCUAUCAGGGACAUAUAAGUUCCUCUUAGACAAACAUGUUAAAGAGCCAGCUGCAGUAGAUUAAAGAUAUCAGCUUAAACAAGGAAAUGAGUGAACAUCUUACUACAGUCCAAAUUAGGCCCAACGCAAAGCUUUCUGAGUGGUAUAUUCAAACAUGGGCCAAUAUAAGAGGUAUAUUCCUAUAUGGGACAAUACGAUCAACUGACUGGGAUGCUUUUUACUUUGAUCACAUGCAAAUGAAUGGAAGACUUCAAGACUAAGGAGACUUAGAGAUAUGUUUUUGCUGCAUAUAGUACAUAUAUCAUAACAUUUGAUAGACUGCAAUUGAAAGAAAGACUCAACAAGCUGCUUUUAAUCUACAGUGCUUCUGUGUACAACAUUGAGAAGGUUGAAAUGGGUUUGUUGUUCUUUGAAGGUCAUUUUGCCAUGAAGACUUUAAUAUAGUAGCAAAGAAAUUCUUGCCUAUGUAUGGAGAUAUAUGUGUUUCAGACUUGUCAUUGGCAGAGAUAAGACUGUAUUGUAGGUAUAUGAAAACCGCUUCAAGCUGGCAUAUAAUCCUUUUAAAGGUUUGAAAGUUGUUGCCACUGAAGUGUGUUAUAUUUUCAAUUUGCUCCAAGGUUUUAGAGGUUUUUUUUUUGUUUUUUUUUUCAGAAAUAUACUCUAGUUUGUUGAUAAUUAUGAAUAGAUUUAUUUGUUGUGAGAACCUUUUUAGGUAUUUUGCUGCAUCUUUGACAUGUUGAUAUCUGUAAGUAAUGUACAGGGGUAAAAACAAGUUGCAUUUUUUCACUAGAGUAGAUUAUAUGUAUGUUUCAAUGUAAGAUUGAAAUAUCUGCUUCAAAUUUGUUUAUACAUAGAUUGAAAUACAUUUGUCAGAUAUGUUUCAACUGAACUAGGAUCAGAAUAUCUUCAUUAAAUAAUUUUCAAACAUAAUGAUAGAAAUGCAUUCAUCAGUUAUGUUUCGACAUACAGUCAAAAUAUCUGUAUCAAGUAUUUUUCAACAUAACAACGAGACAUCGGAUCACCCUCAAGUGUGUUUCAACAUAAGGUAGAAAUAUCUUCAAAUGUGUUUUUUUAUAAGGUCGAAAAAUCUUCAGAUGUGUUUGUUUCAGCAUAUGAUCGAAAAAUCUUCAUUAUUUCAUGUCUUUAAUUAAUUGUGUUGAUCAACUUCCCCACUUUUAGGAGUAUACUUUGUCGUGCAAAGUCCUGAUGUUUCAAUAUGUCAUAAAGUUAAGUAAUUCUGCGAAGUUUAUAGAUUUAAUUUUGUACCUUGGUCAGAAGGAACAUACAUUAUCAUGGUUGUGUAAGAAUUUAUAUACAUUUUAGUCAUUAAUCCUUAACCUGCUAUAUUUCUUUAAUGAACUGGUCCAUCUUUCAAUUUGGACAGUACCACUUAUUACUCAAAGGGGUUUUCACUGAAAAUUUACUGACUGAAUAGCGAACAGUGCAGACCACGAUCAGACUGCACGGAUGUGCAGGCUGAUCUUGGUCUGCACUGGUCGCAAAGGCAGAAUCAUCUGCUGCCAGCAGGCUAAGGGUUAAUCAGAUUUGAUUCUGGUAACUGAAAGCAGAUGUAUCUCAAGUGUUGUUUGUAUUAUUGUUCUAACUUCCUGAAUACAGUGACUUCAUGAGGAUAUUAUAUGUAAAACUGUUGAAAAGAUUUUAUUAGAGCUUCAUGCAAUCCAAAAGAGGAAGUUCAUUGUGUAAGAACAGUAACUCUACCUUGCUCACUGUUCUUAGGUUAUCUCCCUUUAGUAACUAUACUUGAACCAGUGGUGAAGAAAAGUCAAAGCGAUGUUUCAUUGUUGGGUUAAUAUUUCUAGUUGAAAAAAAAUAUGAAAAGCUACAAACUAGUCAAGUUUUGUAUUAUCCACUACAGUAAGUUGAAAAUUUUAGAGAGAUUGUUCGAUUAGUUUCAAAAUAAUGGUAAGAUACCUGGGUAUCACUGAUGGGACAUGUAUGUCUAAUUCAUGUAUGCAAAUUAGUUUCAGUUUGAAAAUCUUGUUGGAUUACAAUGAAGAAGAAAAAGAAAUCACUGUGUGUGAAUUAGAAUUCCUGAUGUUAAAUAAAAUAUUGAUAAUACCUAAUACACUUGCUGAUAGUUCUGGUACACUUUCAUAUAAAGCUGUUUUAGCCAUUUCAGUAAAACAAAAUGCUUAAACAUUUUUCCAGCAAGUGCUUGUGUGAUAUACAAUGGAUUGCUACCUUUUAAUGAUUUAAAGUAUGAAGUGUUGCUUGAAGGAUCUGCAUUGUGUAUAAAACUCUAAUUCAAUAGAUUUCUUAUUCUAAUAUGCUUGUUUCUGUUAAAACAUGCAUACACUAAAAUGACGUCACAUAAACAUGCAAUGACGUCGAUGUUUUUUUUGUGACCAAGAAUGAGCGCUACUAUAUUUUAUCUACUAAGUUAGAUUAAGGGCAUGUUAGAAUCGAAAUAAUGUAUAGCAAAAUCAUGUUUUACCUAAAUUAAUACACUGAAAAUUGGUUAUACGUUGCCAGAAUUAUUCACUCAGGCUAUGCCCUCGUAAAAUUAUUUCGCGGAUGUAUAACCUCUUUUUGUGUAUUAAUAAAGAUAAAAAACACGUUUUUUAUUGGUAAUUUCUUAAUUAAAAAAUAUUUCUUUUUUGACCACCCAAUAAAUGAAAUGUUUGCUUCAGUGCCCUCUGGCUCUGUGCAUAUCUUGGGUUACUCUUCAAGAUAUAUUGCUAUGAUGUACAGAACAGUGUUAAAGAACCUUUCAUAAUAGAUCUGCCUUUUCUGUGAUAAUAAUACCAAACCAGAUAUAGAGCAAAAGUUUUGACGGUCAGUAUAUUUGAAGGAUCAGAUCAAAUAAAACACCAAAUAACUCAACUGAAAACUACUGCUGUGUUUUGUAAUAAAGAAUAGUAUUGUUUGAUGAAGAAUUUUCAUUUUAUUUUAGGUACUGGUCACUGUUGUUUUUAUAAAUCAUCAUCAUUAUCACCAUCAUCAUCUUAAUCAUGGUUGUCAUUACUUUCAUUUCCAUUCUAUUGGCCAAUGUUACUUCGGCUUCAUUAUUAUCAUCAACAUCUUUAAAAUCAUCAUCAUCAUCAUCACCACCACCACCAUCACUACUUAAUCUAUCAUUAUUGUCAUUAGUCAUCAUUAUUAUCAUUUUCAUCAUUACCACCAUCAUUACUGUCAUUUCCACCAUCAUCAUUAUCAUAUUUGUACAUUUUGUAUUUUUUCAGUAUAUUUAAAAUGUCAUGUCGUUUUUAAAACUGAUCUGAGAAUGAAAUAAAGAAAGAGAACAUUA